GAUGCUCUGAAAGCAAAGCUGCAGCAUCUCCGAGUCAGAGUCGACCAAAAACAUCGCGUUUCUUUCAAGGCAUUGCACUUCUUCUCCCUGGACUGUAUUCAACACCAUCUACUUCUGACUGCAGGGUUUGAACACCUGCAAGCCGGAGCCGAGGACCCGUUUGAACGCCGUUUUUUCUUUCGCCCCUUGUACAUUUUGCCGUUAGGCUAUUAUUUAUUAUUCGCGCGACUUCCCAAUUUGUAGGUCAUAUAUUGUUUCCGCCAGGAGAGCGCCACCAAAGAGCGGUGCUUGAUAUUAAAGAGGAAUAAAAUCGCUUGAGCCACGAGUGAGGACGUUUCUCACAUCACUUGAAAUCAAUAUCAGUACAUCCUGAACAUAAUCGAGCCGCUGGAUAUCGAUGUGUCUUUAAUUCUUUUAUCUAGGCUACCGCGAAGCUUCGGCGUGGUGUUUCGACGGAGGAUUGCAACAACCAUAUCGACGCGCCCCAAACAUUCAUAUCAUCGCGGUUUCACAUUUAGAAACAUCAUAUCUGAUACGAAAACAGAGAUAAGAGUCUAACGAUUCUCUAUAAAAAAUGAUGGCCGGUGGGGCAGUGCAGCAAAACGGGAUUUUCUCCAACCCGCAUCAUCACAAUCAACAGCCGCACAUGGAGUCCGAUCCCCCCGAUUCCCGCAAAAGACCCCUGGAGACCCCGACGGAGGCCAGCAGCACCAAACGCACAAAUACAGGAGAGAGAUGCAACCAAGAUGCCAUCCAUGAUCCUCCAUUUUCAUCAGAUUUUGUCGGAUUUCACGAGGAAGGCGAGUAUUUCCUAAAGGUGCUGAUUCCGAGCUACGCCGCAGGCUCCAUCAUUGGCAAGGGUGGUCAGACUAUUGUCCAGCUACAGAAAGAGACAGGGGCCACCAUCAAACUGUCCAAAUCCAAAGACUUUUACCCAGGAACAACAGAGCGUGUCUGCUUGAUCCAGGGCACCGUAGAGGCGCUGAAUAGUGUUCAUGACUUCAUCGCAGAGAAGGUGCGAGAGAUGCCACAGAGCGCUCAGAAAACAGAACCGGUCAGCAUACUUCAGCCACAGACCACUGUCAACCCUGACCGUGUCAAGCAGGCCAAGCUGAUAGUGCCCAACAGCACGGCAGGGCUGAUCAUCGGUAAGGGCGGGGCCACAGUGAAGGCAGUCAUGGAGCAGUCCGGAGCCUGGGUCCAGCUUUCACAGAAACCAGAAGGCAUUAACCUGCAGGAACGUGUGGUUACCAUUAGCGGAGAGCCUGAGCAGAACCGCAAGGCCGUGGAGAUCAUCGUGCAGAAGAUCCAGGAGGACCCACAGAGCAGCAGCUGUCUCAACAUCAGUUACUCCAAUAUAUCUGGCCCCGUGGCCAACUCCAACCCCACAGGUUCCCCAUACGCCAACUCAGCAGAGGUGAUGCCGGCAGCUGCUGCUGCAGCGGCAGCCACAGCCUCUAGUCUCCUGGGGCAGGCCAGUCUGGCUGGAGUGGGUGCUUUCCCCACCACCAUGCCCAGCUUCUCAGGGAAUGACCUUCUGGCUAUCACGUCAGCGCUGAACACGUUAGCCAGCUACGGAUACAAUACCAACUCUCUGGGUCUAGGGCUCAACCCCGCGGCCGCCUCAGGAGUCCUCGCUGCUGUGGCUGCUAGUGCAAACCCUGCUGCAGCUGCAGCUGCUAACCUGCUAGCCUCAUACGCUAAUGAUGCAUCCAGCAGCGCCGGCCACCCAGCCACUAGUCUGGGUGGCUUCACGUUAGGCUCGCUGGCCGCCGCCACCGGAGCCACCAAUGGUUACCUGAGUGCUGCUUCCCCGCUGGUGGCAAGCUCUCUACUGGCCACUGAGAAGCUAGCGGAGGGGGCCAAAGAUGUGGUGGAGAUUGCCGUGCCAGAGAACUUGGUUGGUGCCAUUUUGGGGAAGGGAGGCAAAACGCUUGUGGAGUACCAAGAACUGACAGGAGCCCGCAUUCAGAUCUCCAAAAAGGGAGAAUUUGUUCCUGGCACCAGAAACCGUAAAGUUACCAUUACCGGAUCACCAGCCGCCACACAGGCAGCCCAAUAUCUUAUCAGCCAGCGAAUCACAUACGAGCAGGGUGUGAGGGCCACCAAUCCGCAGAAGUUGGGCUAAAAACAGGGAGUACGAAAAAGGAGAGAGAAAGAGUGGGGGAUGGGAAGAUACAGAGAAAGAGAUGAAGGGCACGAAUAAUGAAGAAAAUCAACCACAUACUUUGUGGAAAUCUCAGUAUUAAGAAAAAAGAUGGAAAAAUAUCCUCUCAAAGUGGAAAAUUGAAAAUUGCGAAAAUGUGUAAAAUGUAAAUAUGGGUUUAUUUCUUAAGUUUUGAUCUUUAGAAAAUUGUAUUGUUUUUUUUUUUUUUUUUGUGCAUUUUUCUGGACAGCAGUGAAUGGCAUUUCAACCUGGCAUGCUGCCGCGCUGUGGUUCCCAGCAGGUGGGCAAGGUGGUGGGAUGGGGGAGAAUGGGGUGGAGCAAUUGGACAUCCAACCCCGCUGGAAUCAGCCCUUUCCCCACCCCCAUCCCCUCCUAGCUGAGUGAUUUUUGUUCUUUACUUUUUAGUCUUUAGUUUAAUUCCCACUCUUUUGCCCAUGCCCACUCUAUAAGAGGGCCUGAGACUGAAAAUAACCCCCCCCCCCUCCCCACCAGUCUGUGACACCCCAUAACCCACCCCAGUCCCCCUCACCCUGGCCCUCCCCAUCCCAGCCUGCCCUUCUCUGGGCAGGAUAGGGCAGGGGAUGUGAUGAUGCUCCAGGGUUUCUCAGCACCACUAGACAUUGACCUGGGGUCCCAGUUUGACCAGGUGCAUGCCAUUUGAUGCUACUACAGAUGUUGUUAGCAUAAGGGAAGCUUGUAGAUCAUGUUGUGGACACAGGCCAGGAUGCAAAAUGCAGCUGCUUUGGUCAGAAUAUUUAGUACCAGGGCCAAUUUCUCUAUGGGAAUUGAAAUCUGUUGUUUAUACAAAUACUAUUAUCAUUAUUAUUACUACUACAUUAUUAUUAUUACAAAUUAUCAUCACCAUUAGCAUUAUUUAUUAAUAUGAUUUUACCCAUAAGGACUGAGGUAUUUCUUUUUUGUUUUUCUUAAUAUGUGAAUUCAGGUUGACAUGAAUGUAAAGACAAUAUUUUGGAUUUAGUUUUUUAUUUAAGUAGAUUGAAUCGUGUCCAUGUAAUACAUGUCUUAUUUAACAUCCAGUGAUAACUACACGGUCGGCACCAACAGAGUAAAGGGGCAGAUGUACUGUACAGUGAUAUUAAUACAGUUUAAACAACAAAAAACUCUCACACACUCAAACGCACACACAAACACCCUCAGUAAACUGUUACCUAUCAAAUGCUCAGUUUGAUCAUGAGCAGACUUGAAAUCACAAUGGGACUAGACAAUUUAUUCACAUAUCUACUGAAAGAGAAUGUAGGUCUUUGCACAAGUCCAAGGGAGUGUACCCGUGACAAGAAUAAAACUCUUUAUCAAAGUUCAUCGCUUUCUAUAAUGUACAAAAAGUCAGUCUAUAGUUUACGCUGCCCUUCUGUCCAGAUCUCUGCGGUACUAAAUAUAUUGUGCACUUAGAGCCACUGCAGUCGAAUGUCUGCACAAUCUUCUGUUGAAGUCAUUGGAAGAUUUGCAUAGAUAUUCCUGAUCAAAUACGAAAAUGAACACAUACUACUGAACAAUUACGGCCACGAAACAAAUUUACGCUCUGAUCGGCACAGGCUGAUUAGUUGCAUGGUCUGCCCUAGAAAUUGUGUUGCUGUUAAAGCAGGUUGCUGGCCCUAUUUUCAGUAUAGUUCCCAAGCCACUACUAAAUCUAAGACUUGUUGUCUUAGUGUUUUGAUUACAUAUAUGAGGAUCACCUACACUCUUCUAAAAUAUAUGGGCUGGCCAUGUGAACAACUUUCUGUGCAGAUUAGAACUACCCAUGUUUGACGUAUUUGCUGCUACUAAGGUCCUAGUUUGUUUUUCCUUUUGUUUUGUUUUUUAAUCUGAGUACACUGAAUUUCGUCUUAAUGCACUGUGAAGUGUGGAGGCCAUGAUGGAAGGCCAGGAAAAGUCAGGGUUCUUUAUCGUUAUCACGUUGAUGCACCACAAUGAUGGAAUAUACUCACGUGGAACGUCUCAUAUUAUACCAACCUCCAUGGAUUCAAUGAACUGUUCACAGUAAGGAAGCAGAGGAUCAGGAUCGGAAUGGUUAAUUAGGUUGAGAUCAGGCUCUUUGAGAUUAUUGGACAUCACGUUGCAGUAUCCAAAUGUAAUUUUCCAGUUUACCAAAACCCAAUAACUUACUCCCAAUCGAGAGGUUGUAUAUUUAUUGCGAAGGGGCAGAGGAUGGUAUAGCCUAUUUAUUUUGUCUAGACAAAUUUGUGUCCUCAAAAAGAGUGAUACGACAAGAAAGGAAACAAGCAUAUUUAAUAUUUUUACUGGAUGCAAUCUAUUUAAAAGCUACCACCACCAAUACAUAUCAUGAUGUUAUGCAAUUUGCUAAAAGACCAGGCUUGCAUACAGUAUGUUAAAAUAGAGAGCAUUCCCAAACAGAUUGGACGGCUACAGCGCUGUGCUCUCUCUUCUCUUGACUAAAGUUAUGAUUCUUUCCUCUCCUUUGCUAUUGGAGCACCAGGGAGAGUAAAUCUGAACCAAUUGGUAAGGAGGCUUCUUUAUUCUCAUCUAAAAACCAUCACCUCCCCUCACCUCUUCUCAACCCCUUUUUACCUUCGUGCACUCCCAUUCUGACACAUCAACCCAGAGACCCCCUUCUCUCACAUUUCUCCAUGGGUGGCGAUGUCUGGUGUAACAGUGCAUGUGUGCUUGCCCUUUCACAAAACAUUGACGAAACAUAAAGGGAAGAUGUUUCUACAGAGUAGAACGUCAAAGCUUGCAAUAGAUCACAAUCGGGCACAUCACACCUGAGACUAUCAAGUACAGGUCACUCUUUACAAAGGGAUUUUGUUCCGAGCCAUCGAUGUGUUUGUAUGGUGAGUGUGGGUAUGUGUGUGCAGCAAGCUUGCAGGCGCGAGUUUGGGUAGAUACCUGAACUAGAAGCAGUUGUACCCUAGGUGAGGAGGACUAACAAGUUGGAUGAAGAUAGAAAUGUUUGUCUUGGGAAAGGUACUCCAGGUACUCAGUUAGCUAGUUGCCCAUUUUUUUUCCAAACGAAGGGACAUCAUAGUUAUGUGUGGACGGCAGAUUUUUUUUAAGGGAAAGCUAUGAAGAUCAAGACGAGGAAGCAAUAGCAAUCGAGUGCCGCCGCACUUUAGAGUGCAUCUGUGCAUACGGUUUUACCCAUGAUGAUGCAGUAAUUCAUGAGACACUUGAACAGUGGAAUUAGUCAUGUUUUAGUCUCAGUAGAUCCCCCACAUACAAAGAUACACAUAGAUAAACCCACACAAACAUUGAAAAUAUUUUAUUGUAACAUCAGAGUUCAAUUUGAUUAACACAAAAAGCAAGAUAUUACUGUGACAAUUCAAUGUGAAAACUAAUUAAGGUGCCAAUGUAGUGUCAAGGAGCAGCUUUCUGUUUUGUAGUUUUUGUAUUCAGUACUAAAAGUACAUAUAUGGGAUUGUCUCUGUUUUUUCUUUCAUUAGUACUUGGGAAAAUAGUUAAAAUGUGAUGAGUACUGAAAGCAAUAUACGUAGUAGCAUGUCGUCAAGUCUUGUCCUUUUAUUCUGUCUGUGUAGGAGCUUUGGAUUUACCUAGAUGUUGAGUAGAUUUGCAUAUACUAUUUUUUAAGUUGUGAAGAUGCUGCUAUUGAAUAAGUGAUGUACUGAAACUUAAGAUAAAAAAAACAUAUCUGGUCAGUCAUUUAGCAGGAUGUGGUAUAGUUCUAAGAGGUGUAACUAAAUGCUACAUUGAUAAUGAAAUAAUAAUUGCUAUAUCGAUGAUUAAAUAAACCUGUGCCAAAAUAGAUCUUUACAGAUUUAAAUGUGAUUUAAACACCAUUAGUUAAGAACAGACGUACUUUUGUAAUUAAAAAAAAAAUAAAAAUGUGAAAAGUGCCAAAAAAGUCACAGUUAAGAUAUACAGUAACUAGUGGGGGGAUAAAAGUGACUAGCAAAGCAAAAGAUUAGACAUUAGCUCUAUUAGGUUAAGAGUUUUCUGCCCCCUUAAUAACCAGUCCUUGUUAAAAAGAAUAAGGAGGGAUUCAUCUUGUAGGCCAAACAAAAAUCAGGGUGCCAUGUGGCCACCAACACAUCCCUGGGGCUAGAAGACUGCCGAGUGAGCUUAGCAUGGUUAAAGUUUUAUAAGUUAUCAGCAUUCUUAAGUCAGCCUUUUAUAGUUAUGAAAAUGUAUUUUGUGAAGAUAGAUGUUAUCUUUUUUGCACGUCGAUAUUGCAUGAUACCAAGUGAAGCGUGGAUUUAAAAAAUGAAGUUUCAAAAAAACAAUUAGGCAAUGUGCACUCAUUUUGAGGACAAAUCUUUGCAUGGCAACAACAGUUAGAGCUAUUAAAUUAGCUUUUUCACAUUUUUAACUUUUAGUUUUGCUAAGACCAAGCUGGUUUUUGUUUCCAUGAAAGCUAGGCCACAGAAACCAAAAUCAUUCAUAGUCAUUGCCAUAUUUAGCGACAUAAUUAGAGCACUCAUUUUGUACAAAGCUAUUGACAUUUUGUGAUAUUUUUUUUGAAAACAUUACCAGAAAAAAAUGGAAGUUGGGAAAGGAAGGUUAAUUUAUAGCAAAAGUAACUUCUCCUACUGAACAAUAAAACAUGGCCGUGAAUGUACUCGCCUCUACAUAAGUUUGCAUAUCACUCUUUCUAUCAUGAUUCUAGGGCUUGUUUUCGCUGUAAAUUGUGUGUCAGUACUAACAUCAUUAAGCUAUAUUACACUCUUCUGUUAAGUAGCUUGUUCUGCCAUCAAUGCACAUUAAGCUUGAUCCAUUCUUGCGAUAAUAUGCACUUUAUAUUUCUCUUAUAUUUCAUGCCACCCCAGUAAAAACAGCCCCAUUUCCAAAUGAGAGCAAAUGCAAUGACACUGCUUAACUGCUCGAAUCCUUUACUUCAAAUCUCCAUGAAAAAAUGAAAAAAGGAAUAGCUAUAGAGCUAUUUAAAUGGGCAGAAUUCCUGAUCAUAAUCAGUCUGUAAAGAAUUUUCCAGAUUAUCAAAGCUGACCAAAAAUGGCAGAUUUUGGAAAUGUUGUUAAUUUGAUUAAUUUGUUUUUUAUUAUUAUAAUGGAUAAGUGACAAAAAAAUGGGCAUGCCUGAUAUCAUAAAUAUUUUGUUUGUUUAGGGCCAUGUUGAGACUUCAAACAACGUCAAAAUUGCACAGUGCUUAGUCGUUGUUGCAUUUUAAACUAUAUCAGGCAUAUUUUUAUUUAUUUUUUGUGCGUAAAGACGAUAGCUCAGUAGGAACAAGGGUAAUAUUUGUGUUUUGUGCAUGCAUUUAGCAGUUUUGUGUGUACAAGCAGGGCUUUUUUUUCUCCCCAGGUUACUGGGUUCAGCAGCUUUGUCACAUGCAGUCAAGUCAAGAUGAAUGCAAACUUAUGGUUUAGCUGAUGAUGAGAAGGUCAUUGCUUUUAUGUGGGAAUUGGGCUCGAGCUUGUUGCUCUUCCAAACCCCCCCCCCAGUCCAACCCCACCCAAACCCCGCCCUUGGCCCCCACUAUCAGAAGAGGAGAAAAAAAAAAAAACUAAAAAACCUGGGGUCAUUCUUGAGCUUGUACACAUUGAAGCACCAGCAAUGUUAGAAUACAUUUGUCAUAUCACUGUUCUGUUCUCUCUUUUUUAUUUUCCUGUUUUUAUUUGUAUGACACUCUCUAACCUAGACCAAGUAUAACAAAAAUGUCAUUCAUAUGUAUCCUGUUUACUCUCCCUUUUUCUCCCUUUUGCACUUUCACUGCUCCCCUUUUUUCCCAACCACUCCCCACUCUUCUGCCGACCUCCCCCUCACACCCUCCCAGACUUUCUCCUGAGUGCCAAACAAAAACAGUACCAUUCCAAACGUUUUGAGUUCUCUUGUAUGUUGGACAUCCAUCGGACGCACCCAUGAAGCCAACAUGUUUCUCCAUAACAUGAUGUCAGUCAUGACGCCUCAACAUUACCCAAAAAGCAAGCCGUAAAAAGCGAGACCUGGAUUAACACGGUAAAAAAAAGGCUGGCUACCUCUCAUAAACUGCUUUUCCUAAUUCUCUGUCAUCUCUUCAACCUCCAGGACAUCACUGAUUUUGUGCCAUAAUGUUGGGGCCACUGUCACUCUACUCACCCCCGAGUCUCUCCAUUUGAUUUUUCGAUGGAAAACAUUAACCGCAAACAAAGAAAAAUCCAUUUUAGUUUUGUUUUUUCUUUAACAUUAAAACAUGCUGAGGAGUGUAACGUCAGCUGUGCAGCCAUCUUCUGUCUUCUGAACUUUGAAACUUCUCACCCCUCAUGAACUUUAUUGACCUUCUUCCUCCCCUUCUAUGUUCAUCAACUGUUUGGACUUAAAAACUCCAUUCCAUCUCCAAACCUUUUUGAGACUGUGCAAUUCUAGUUGAGAUGAUUGGAUUUAUUUCUCUUUUUUAAGUCAUCAUUGGGGACGAUUCUCAGAGAAAAGAAAUAAUAAAAAAACAAAAAACAAAAAAAAAAAAAAAAAAUAUCAAUAAGUUCCAUGCUGUUUCUCCACAAUUUCAUUAUUUUCUCUCACUGUAAAUAUUUGUCAGAUUUCGUUGAACUGUAACCAGAAACGUGUUCAACAUAAUGCGGCUGGCAGCAUUAAAUCGGUUUUGUGGAGUGCUCGUAGGAGGCAUCGAUAGAAAGCUGAGUCACAGACAGUGUCAUUUUGGUUGUUCUACCGCUAUUAGUCAGACUAGCAGCACCUAGAGAGAGGGAGUCCAGUCAAGACAAGUCUCUAAAAAGUUUAGAAAAUGUUCAAAAUUGGUUUAAAUGCAGAUUGAUUGUAGAGGAGAAUGAUUUAGAAACAAAUACUGUGCUCCUGUUUAUGUAAAAUGUGCUUGAUAAUUGAUCAUGGUUAGCAAAAAAUCUGGUUGCCACAAGAAAUGAUUCCAAAUUGUAUUCUUAUCUAACCAUUUCUGGCCCUCCUAAUGCAUAAUCACUACUAAGCGUUAAGGUAGACAAUUAGAACAGGUUUCAUACUUGAACCGAUGGUAGUUACUAAUCUUAUUGUACAUAUCAGAUGUGUCGAGUGUAAAUUGUGAUAUUUGUUGAUUAUAGGUGUCUUUGAUCAUUGCAGCAUCUGUUCAUAAAAUCAUAGAUGAAAAUGUUUCCCUGUGAUUAAGAAAGAUUGACCAUUUUCAUACGUCUCAACCAUGCUUUGAGCUCCACAUCUAAUGUUUCUAUGCUGCCAGCUUUAUUUUAUGAUGACCCUUCAUGAGCUUAUUUAUUUUAAAACUACUAUACAUUAUUAAUAAAUGGCAUCAAGAACUAGACAAAAGGGAAUGACUGGAAAGAUUAAUUACUGUUUUGUUUUUAGUAUUUUAGUGGUUUCUUUUAACAUCAUCCAUUAACUGACUUAAAAAGUAUUAAAUAUUUAAUGUAACUGUAGCAUUGUGUUUGUAAAAAAAAAAAAAUAGUGAGUUGUGUUUCUUGACUUGUGGAUUACCAGUGAAGUCAGCAAUUUAGUGCUAAUAUCUAUUAAGUCGUUUUUUUCUUUUUUUAAGGGUUAUUAUUUUCCGACAGCAACAGCAGUCAUUAUAAAUGUUCAUUUUACCAUCA